AAACUUUUCCAUUUAUUGGCUUUCACAAUAUACCGGAUUGGGUUCAACAUAUUGCAUAUGUACGUUUGCCGAAGUAGAGCGAACCGUCAGUUGUUCCUUUUUUGCUAGCUAAAUCUUCGGUUCAUUUGUGUAGGACGACAGCAAAGUUUUUGUUGGAUCAUUACAAUAACAAGGCGGUCAUGUCGAAGUGUGCGCCUCCGACUUUCGAGACGCUCGUGAUAUCUGCCCCCGGCAAAGUUAUUUUGUUGGGUGAGCACGCCGUGGUGCACGGCAAGCGUGGCGUGGCGCUCAGUCUGGACUUGCGCACGACACUUACCCUCACCAGUAACAAUGAUACGCUUUCUCUAAACCUGCCGGACGUCGAAAUCAAGGAGUGUUGGCCCUUAACCGAAGUUCAGAGACUGUGGGGACUGCUCGGUAUCAAGAAUCACAGGGAAUUCAAGGCAGACGCUGAAGUCGCUCAUCUCAAACCCGAGCAGGGAAAAAUAAUAAAGCGUUUCUUGGGUGUCACAGAAAAUUGUCAGUCCCAGAGAACUUUGGCUCUAUUGUCCUUCUUCCACUUGCUUACGAACAUUCUCCCAAGCCCCGCGAGUUUUUCUAUUCACGUCAGUAGCCAGAUACCCACGGGUGCUGGGCUUGGCAGCUCAGCAGCUUACGCGGCCUGUCUUACUGGAGCUUUGUUGGUCUUGGCUGGCCGCGUGAAAGCCGACGCCUUCCGAUCUGAAACUGCAGAGACAAUCCGACUUCCAGCGCUGGAGCUGGCGAGUAAAUGGACUUUUACUAGCGAAACCAUCAUGCACGGGUCGCCUUCGGGCAUAGACAAUACUACAUGUUCAAUGGGUGGCGUAGUGAGCUUUAAAGAUGGCGAUAUACAUUCUUUGGGCCCCUGUGGCCUGCAAAUAAUGCUGGUCAAUACCAAAAUUCCUCGCAGCACCAAAGCACUGGUAGAUUCAGUGAGGCAGAAGCUGCAGCAGUAUCCUAAAAUUAUCAACCCUAUUCUUCAAGCCAUUGAUUCUUUGUCUGAAGAAUCGCUGUUGAUUCUUAAGCAAUUAUCUACAUUGCCUUCCUCUGAAUCCAAUGGCCAUGAACCUGUUGAAACAGAAACUGAUGUCGCAUCUGAAUCUGUUCUGUACCAAAACCUGGGAAACUUGAUAACAAUCAACCACAGUUUAUUAUGUGCACUUGGCGUAUCACAUCCCAGCCUGGAAAAGGUGGUGCAACUUGCGGACGAGUUCGGUCUGCCGGCCAAGCUCACGGGCGCUGGUGGUGGUGGCUUCGCUUAUAUUUUGCUGCCGAAACACAGGAAAGCGGACGCCUUGAAGCAGUGCAUGAAUGCACUCCUGGAGCUGAAUUACCAAGCCUGGAUUGUAGACUUGGGGGUGCCGGGCUUGUGCCUUCACAGCUGCAGUUGAUCGUUACUGCUGUCAUUAAAGUCAUCUCGCUAUUUUGUUUUAAAAAUGUUAUGCAUGCUUCUGGGUUAUGGUGAUUUUAUUCUAUGCACGAUAUAUGGUGCACGAUUCACCAUUGGAAUUACACCCUAUUCCUGAUCUCACGCGUUCGUUCCUUGAUUUUUCUAAUCAAAACCAUCUCAACGCCAGUAUUUCGACCCUUUUCUUGAAAUGAUUCUAAUUCUAAGAUAAUUUAUAAUUUCGAGUUGUAUGUUUCUUAGAUAUUAUUCCGAAAAAUUCCUAGCUUUAUAGACUGUUUUCCCUGAAAUUAUCCAGCGACAUUUUCAUCAAUUUUGUGCGCAUGAUGAUUUAUUAAUGAAUAUUAGAGGACUGAAUUUAUCAAAAUUAUCACCAAAGUAUCUUUUUGAAUAACUGUAAUUUCAAUACGAAAACUGCGUUAAAUGGGCGCCGUAAAAUCCGCCGUAGCGCGACUUGCCUAACAUGGCAUUUAUCGAAGCAAUAUUGCCCAAGACCGUUCAAUUAUCACGUUAGUUCUUUGCGUAAAUUUUGUGUAAAAUAUGACUAACUUGGCUCAAUGCAUCGACUUUUGAGUGGUACUGGGUCCCAUUGCAAGAUGUUAAUAUGCCUUUACAGAUGUUGAGCUUACUGUACAAUAUUUAUGUAUUAGAUGGAUAAAUGAAAUCAAAUGCAAUUAAAUUGCUAUUCAUUUAAUGAUAUGUAAUAAUAUUGUCUUGAAUCUGUUACAAACUUAGUGGUUGUUGGUGGUUCUCACGUCGCAAUAGCUCGAUGGUUUCUUGAAUGCGAAAUCAUCUAACCUUGUUCGAGUUCCAACUCAUGCUUCAUCUGAUAAACAAUGCGCUGGCGUUUUACAUUGUGUCUAUCAAGGUGUAAAUUUUUAAUCGCGUUGUUCAUUGAGAUGCUGUCGAUUCAUCAUGUACCAUUCGACAUUAAUUGAAUACGUCUAGUACCUAUUCAAUUUCAUAAAAUUUGCGAUCUCAAAAUUUUUACCACGGUUGAACUGAUGGUAGUAAUGCUUACAACUGUACAUUUAUUUAUACGCUUUCAUAUUUGAGGCAUUUUGAUUCUUUGAAUGUCCUUCUUCAGUGACUAAUACGAAGGAAGUUGAUUGUGAAAUAUCUUCAUCUUAAGGUGCUUUGGAACAUCACAGGAUUUAUGCUUAAGAUCCCUGAAGACCAUACGUAACAUUUUGUUCACAUGAGCGGUAAUGACGUGUGAUAUGACCUAUAAAAUAACUGAAAUUUUUUAUUUCGAUAAUCUGUUACUUCGUAUUCUCUGAUUUUUUUUUCUUGUUGACCUAAAGCCGGCUAACAUUCACUGUGCUAAUUAUAAUAAUUUUGUUUGCUUCUAAAGCCGACUCUGUAGGUACAUCUUUCGAUUUUAAAUGUUCUUUUUGUUAAACUCAUCCUCGGAAUGAGGAGUUCACCCUAUAAAUCCCAUUGAUCUUCUAAUAAAGAUUCACUUGACAA